AUGCUCUUUGCCGUGGUCGCGACGCUCGUCGGCGGCCUGACGUCGCUUGCCGCGGCCAACCUGCCGGGCACGCUGCCCUCAUACCACUAUGGCGCCCCGAUCCACGUCGAGUGCAUGAACCGAAGCUCUGACACGGGCGAACACGUCGAGCUGGCCAACCACCAGCUGCAAUGGAUCCCCUUCCCGACCUGCAACGAGACGGGCGAGCCGCUGCAGUUCCAGUACGGCGUCGAGGGCGAGCUCAACUGCACCAUCCCCCUCAUCACCGACCCCUUCUUCCACCUGCUCGAGUUCUACAUCCACAGCGACGCGCCCCUGUCCUGCCGCCUGCCCGCCCGCCCGCCCGCCCACGUCGAGGUCGUCGGCGAGAAGCUGCCCGAGCAGGAGUACAUCCCCCUCAUCUUCGCCCUCGCCGGCACCCUGCAGCUGAGCCACAUGCACAUCAGCACCCACAUGAACGUGCUGCUGCACAGCAUGCCCAAGCACCACCCGCACCACCACGACAGCGGCGUGCUGGACUCGGCCGUCUCGUACAGCACCAGCCCGCUGAGCCACAUGACGGGGUCCUUCACCAAGAAGCUCGUCAUUGGCGACCCGCUGCCGCUGAGCUUCUCCGUGCGCUGGUUCCCGACGCCGAUGCUGCCCAAGACGGAGGGCAAGGUGGAGUGGCAGGGCUUGGGCGGGCACAUUUACGCCAGCACCGUCUUCUACAGCCUCGUCUCGUUUAUCGCCGGCAUGCUGGUGGCCGGCAUGUACACCAUGGGCGUCAUUCUGCCGAGGAGGCUCAAGGGACGGUCCAUGGGCGGAGCUACGCCUCUGGGAUACGGAGUGGGCAAUGGCUGGGGAUACUCCAAGAGGAAGGACUAG